GAAACCGUCACGUGUGGCGCCGAGGAUCGCAGUGCGCGUGGCCGCGGCGGCUGGUGUAGGGUAGUCGGUUGUGAGGCCCGGAGCUGCUGACCCAGCGGGCGGCCCACCGACCCGGCAACACAGCGGCAGGCGUAGGGGUUCGGGAGCCGAGGUCUGGUCCCAUCAAAGAGCUCGGCCCAGCCGGCGCCGCCGUCGUCCCCGCCCCCAGCCAGUAAACCGCCGUCGCGGGCGCGCCCCCGCUCUACGCUGUCUCUCCGAUGGCGUCCGCCUCCGGGGCCAUGGCGAAGCACGAGCAGAUCUUGGUUCUCGACCCACCCACAGACCUCAAAUUCAAAGGCCCCUUCACAGAUGUAGUCACUACAAAUCUUAAGUUGCGAAAUCCAUCGGAUAGAAAAGUGUGUUUCAAAGUGAAGACUACAGCACCUCGUCGGUACUGUGUGAGGCCCAACAGUGGAAUUAUUGACCCAGGGUUGACUGUGACUGUUUCAGUAAUGCUACAGCCAUUUGACUAUGAUCCCAAUGAGAAGAGUAAACACAAGUUUAUGGUACAGACAAUUUUUGCUCCACCAAACACUUCAGAUAUGGAAGCUGUGUGGAAAGAGGCAAAACCUGAUGAAUUAAUGGAUUCUAAAUUGAGAUGUGUAUUUGAAAUGCCCAAUGAAAAUGAUAAAUUGAAUGAUAUGGAACCUAGCAAAGCUGUUCCACUGAACGCAUCCAAACAAGAUGGACCCGUGCCAAAACCACAUAGUGUUUCACUCAAUGAUACCGAGACAAGGAAACUCAUGGAAGAAUGUAAAAGACUACAGGGAGAAAUAAUGAAGCUAUCAGAAGAAAACCGACACCUGAGAGAUGAAGGCUUAAGGCUCAGAAAGGUAGCACAUUCGGAUAAACCUGGAUCAACCUCAACUGCAUCCUUCAGAGAUAAUGUCACCAGUCCUCUUCCUUCACUUCUUGUUGUAAUUGCAGCCAUUUUCAUUGGAUUCUUUCUAGGGAAAUUCAUCUUGUAGAGUGAAGCAUGCAGAGUGCUGUUUCUUUUUUUUUUUUUUCUCUCUUGACCAGAAAAAGAUUUGUUUACCUACCAUUUCAUUGGUAGUAUGGCCCACGGUGACCAUUUUUUUUGUGUGUACAGCGUCAUACAGGCUUUGCCUUUAAUGAUCUCUUACGGUUAGAAAACACAAUAAAAAAAAACUGUUCGGCUACUGGACAAAUUGUAUAUUACCAGAUCAUCACUAGCAGAUGUCAGUUGCACAUUCACUCCUUUAUGAAAUUCAUAAAUAAAGAAUUGUUCUUUCUUUGUGGUUUUAAUAAGAGUUCAAGAAUUGUUCAGAGUCUUGUAAAUGUUAUUUUAAUAAUCCCUUUAAAUUUUAUCUGUUGCUGUUACCUCUUGAAAUAUGAUUUAUUUAGAUUGCUAAUUCCACUCAUUCAGGAAAUGCCAAGAGGUAUUCUGUGGGAAAAUGGUGCCUCUUACAGUGUAAAUUCUCUCCUUUACCUUUGCUAAUAUCAUGGCAGAAUUUUUCUUAUCCCUUGUGAGGCAGUUGACUGAGUUUUUCAUCCUUACAAUCCUUUCCCAUGGUAUUUAACAUAAAAAAAAAUAAAACUGUUAACAUAUUUCCUGCUCGGUAGCUUGUUUGUGUCUGUUGUGUCAUUAGAUGGGGAUACUAGGGAGCCCACUGUUGGUAAUCUGAAAUACAUAAUGCACAAUUUUAUCUUUCAUUGAUACCUUUUUAGAUAUUAUAGUAUGUGUUGCUAAAAGUCUUCAUCUGUUAAGGAAAGGAAUUGAUACUAUUUCAAGCUGUUAUAGGUGUUUUGGAAGAUCAAAACUAGUUUUAUAUAUUCACGAUAACAUAAGCAAAUGGCAUGAGAAUGAAAGUGCUGUAAUUUUAGUCAGUUCAUAUGCAUGCCUGUGGCUCUGCUGCGUUUACCUGAUUCUUAACAGAUUCUUUUGGUAUCUCCUCAAGGAAGACUAAUCUUUCUUAGUGGUUCUAGUCAAGUGCUUUUUAGCCAGCCUAAUAAUUCCUUUUAUUUUUAUAACAUUUCGUAGUAAUAUUUAAAAGCAGGUGUUUUUUUCCUGUCCAAUUUGAUUUUCAAAGUAAAUUUCCACUGUGGAAAUUUGACAUAUCUGAGCAAGCCUUGGGAAUUUUGUGAAAAACGACUUUAUCCUUUGCAAAUCUACCUGUUACCAUGUGAAGCACAUUGGUUAUAGAUAUGAAUUACAGGGCCUGAUACUUCCGACACUUAGUCUUAUGUCUUCAUGUAUUUCACUUACACUAUCAUAGAAAGUUUUGGAACCAGAGAAAAUACAUUCAAUUUUUCUAUUGAGUACAAUGUAAUAAUACAAGUAAGUUUUGAGUCCUCCUGGAAAAUAGGUGUUGGUUUUGUAAAAGAUGCACUUGUCUCUGAAAAGAAUAUUGGACUUUGGGACUUGAUGUGGUGCAGUUAAGUACGUUAGACCCAGGUCUGUUUUGUACAUUUAUAAACGAAUGAAAUGUUCUAAAGUAUUAUGGUUGCCUUUUUUAUUUUAAGUAUGUUUUGAACUUGUCAGAUCACAUGUAUUGUGUCCUUGAGCUCUGUCGUAUCUUUUAUAAAACCUCUUGCCUGUGUACAAAAGUUACUAAAAACAAGCACACGUAAUAGCAUGCUACUGCAGGUAAUGUUUCUAUUGUAUGCUUUACAGUCAUGGUGAGAUUUCCCUCUCUUUCUGAUAACUGGAAAAACAUGCUAACAAAAAAGUCUUGUAUUUUUGUCCCAUAAAGCAGAAAUAGUAUUUUCUUGGCUUAAAGCUUUUUAUAUAGUCAACAUUAUUCGUGAUGAGUAUCAAACUUGGUAUUUCAUAGCUAUCAUUUUUUAGAAGAAUGAAGUUGUAAAAAAUUUAGCAAAAUCCCGUUUUAUGGGAAUGCUCCUUAGAAUUCAUUUCAACCCCUUUGUUUUAUAAUUGAGAAAUCUGAGGCCUUUAUGUGAGAUAAUUUUCCCCAUGUCUCACAGGUAGGUAGAGGUAGAGUUGGAACUAGAAAUCUGCUCUUCUGACUCAAGCUCAGUGUCUUUUCUGGUAACUUUGUAGAGGAAUAUUGUCCUAAUUUGACAUGACUGAAAUGAUGAACAUAAGAUGCUGUUUGACUAGUGUAUGUGAAAUUUCCUAUCAUAAGAUUGUGUAACAGGCUACUGUUGAAUAGUCUCAUGUAUGUGUUUGGUUUAAGUGUUUAGGCUAGAAAUGCCUGCCCCUGAUAAUGGUAAUAAAUAUUAUGAAAUACAAUGUAUUUUUAGAUAGGCAUUUUACAAAAUGCAUUAUGCAAUGGUUUUGAAAUAGAUUAUAGUCUGGAUAGCAUCUGAAAAGUAUAUAUGAGCUUAACUGCUUUACAUAUCAGGAGAUGCUCUGAUUUUGUAUAGGAGACUUAAUUUCUCUUUUUAAUUGCUGUAUGAAAUGUGAUCAGAUUAUUUUACUACCAAUGGUUACUUUGAAAGAGUCCAGCUAUAUUAAUUGAUAAUAUAUAUAGAGAUUAAAUUGUUUGUCUUUAUUUCUUACAUGUUUAGAAAUUUUUGCUUUGCCUGCUUACUUGUGUAUGUAAGCAUGAGAGGAAUAUACCAUGGCUAAUACUGAAAUCACAAGUAAUUAAGGCCUUAAGUUCAUAUGUGAUGCUAAAUGCACUACCUUUAUUCUUUCUGUAACUAGUGGACCUUAACUUUCCCCAUUCUUGUAUUUACAAGAGACAGAUUUAAGGACUGUAUUUUUGAGUGUGUGGUAUGUUAUCUUUAAAGAAAGAAGGAACUAACACUUGGAAAAAAUAUAUAUAUCAAAUUCAAAAACUGGUCAACUGAAAAUAAUAUUCUUAAUUUCUCCUUCAAGUAUCUUAGCUAAAAAAUUAUCCUAAAAUUGAUACUGAUACAGGAAUUCGUUUUGGAUUGUAAUCAUUCAAGAUACACCACUUUGAAAACUAGUUGCAUCAAUAUGGUAAAAAAAAAAAAAACAUCAUUUAGGGUAUAUCCCCAAAUUGUGAUAUUCUGCCACUUUAAAAACCAUUCAAGUAAUAGUUUUCCUAGAACUUUGCACAUUCCUAGUCAGCGAUUUUGGUGUGUGCAUAAAUGUUAAAAGGUUGAAGAGGGAAAGAUCACUGUUUACCAAAUGAAAAAACAACAAAAUAAGGUAAAUGAUCUUUAUUUUCUAGCUUUCAAAGGAAAUUAAACUACUGCGUGAAUAAAUAAACUGUUUAAAAAUGUG